AUGGCAGAGCACUGGAAGUCCACCCCAAGGUACUGGUGCAAGCACUGCGCCACCUACAUCCGCGACACCAAGCUCGAGCGCCAGAACCACGAGGCCACCGCCAAGCACCAGAGCGCCGUCAAGCGGUCCCUGCGCGAGCUGCACCGCGGCAAAGAGCAAGAGGACCGCGAGAAGGAGCGUGCCAGGCGGGAGAUUGAGCGGCUGAAUGGCGUCGUGGGGGGUGGUAGUGGGGGCGCGUCCUCUUCUUCUUCUGCUUUCGGUGCGAGGUCGAGUCGUGGUGGUGGUGCAGCAGCAGCAGCAGCAGCAGGUGGUGCGUUGUCCGAGUCGGAGCGGAAGAGACAGGCGGAACAGCUUGCCUUGCUUGGCGUGAGCAUACCGCAGGAGUUCAGGGGUGACCUGGCCAUGGCCGGCGAGUGGUCCGUCACAUCUACCACAAUCGUCGAGGAGAGGCCCAAAGACGAAGAUGAAGACACGAAUCCCGAGGCGAGGGCAAGAGGUAUACAUAAGAGAGAGCGCACAGAAGAGGAGAAGGAAGCCGAGGAUGCUGUCAAGGGCCUAUUUAAGAAACCUCGACAGUGGGGCCGGGACGCGAGGGCUGCAGGAGGGGAGACGAGUGAGGACUUGGAUGCACUGCUGAGUGGCGGGCUGGAAGCCGAGCCAGCUGGGAACGGUGUGAAGCAGGAGGUUGCUGCCGACGAGGAUCUGCCGCCUAUCAAGCAGGAACAAGCAGAUGGGGAUGAGUCGAUACCAGCAGCAGAGAUUUCGUCUGAAGCAGUCGAUAAGCCUGACGUGCCUAGUGUCAAGACUGAAGACGCUGCUGCAGAGGCACAAGGCGGCGUAGAGGCUCCCGUUGUGGCCUUCAAGAAGCGCAAACCAAAGAAUAUCCGGCAAAAGUAG